CCGGUCUGUCUAACAUGAAAAUGGAACCAGAGGUGUUGUUCACGGAUUCGGUCUUGGAGUUCUUGAAAGAUUCCCUUAGAAAUGACGAUGCUUUCCAGAGUGAUAUUGAAGAUCAUAUAAAUAACUUUAAGGACCAAGACAGUAUUCCAUUUAGAGUAAUAAGAGACGUACACAACAGAAACAAACUAGCAGGUCAUAAACAACGCUACCUUCAUGAAGUUUUACAAGAUAGUGACAUUAAUUUGCCAUGCGUCAAGUUACCGCCUCGUAAUCCUGAGCUGGAAGCAAGAAUACAAAAAUUAAAAGCAGAACAAGAAAAUAAGAGAUACAAGGAAAUGACAAGGAAUGUAGACAAAUCUCAAAAAGAUUGUAUGGACAAAAUGAAUAUUGGUGCUGAAGUGAAAGCCAUGAACUCCCAGAUGUGGUCUGUGGUCAACUUUGUUGUGACUGUAGGAGGAGCUUUUGCAUUUGGAUACAAAGCAACAGAAAUAGCACUGGGUGGAUCAAAGCAUGCCAUGAUUGCGCAAAUGAUUAUGGGUCUCAUCUUUGGUACGAUAGUGUUUUUUGCGGACUUGUAUUUCCUUUUGAAGGAACAUUCCCAGUACUGACGGCACAGUAACUUAGCAAACUGGAUCACCUGACUACAUCAUUAACAUAGUUCUUUGAGAGAAGUAG